CAGGAAAUCACACCUAAAGUUUUGUCUGGUAAAGGACUGAACGCUACAGACGCAGCAGGUAGGGAUUAGACCUGUACUCCUCCACACAGCUUUCUGCAGAGCUUCCUACUGACCUGCUCUGCUUUUAGGGACAUUCCUCCACAGGCACCGGCAGGUUUCCAGCUGGAAUGUUCUGGCUUCGUCCUGAGGGCUUCUGACUGUCUCUGACUACCAUAGCCUAACUCACCUCACACAGCACAGUCAGCGGCUACAGGCAUACAGACCACAGCCAUGAAGCUCCACAGCCUCUGCAUCAAUGUUCUGCUUAUCCUCGUCUUCUUGACCAUCUACAACCCCUCAGGGGCAGAAGAGAGGCAAGGUGCCUCUAAUGGAAAUGCACUGCGCAAGCUAUUUAAGAAAAGAGAAGUCCAGAGCAGGCCUGCAGGCGAGCUAGUCGUCUCUCAGGUAAAGGCUAAAGAAUUUCUCUCAGCCCCCCGGAGGCCCAGGAGGAACCUGUGGGACCGCAGCCGUCCAGAUGUGCAGCAGUGGAUCCAGCAGUUCAUGUACAUGGGCUACGACGAGGCUAGGCUUGAGACGGACCUCUCUCACUGGAUGGACUACGCCAGAGCAAAUGACCAAGGGAGGCAGCAUCAUUAUGAUGAGAACGCUGCAAUGGGACCACAACAUCCCAGCUCCUACAGACAUGGUGCCAAUGUCAAUUAUGAUUAUUAUUAG